AUGAAGGGUUGGACGGGCACCGAUUGUUCUGAAGAUAUAGACGAAUGUGAAGAAAACGUAACAUUGUGUCAAAGCAAGUUGAAUUCAACUUGUGAAAACACAAAUGGGUCGUACAAUUGUCGUUGCAACGAUGGAUUACGUGAUCAAGGCAAUAUUUGUACGGAUUGUGAUAUAUGGAAAUAUGGACAGGAUUGCCAAUUAAAUUGUACAUGCAACAUUUCAAAUUCUGAGUACUGUAACCCAGUGACAGGAGAUUGCAAGUGCUUACCGGAAUGGAACGGCACUGACUGUGAAGAUGACGUCAAUGAAUGUGAAGAAGAAGACAUUUGCCCAAUCCAUUCAUCAUGUGAGAAUUUGUUCGGAGCGUUUGAAUGCAGAUGCAAUAAAGGCUAUGCAAGGACUGAAUCUAGAAAAUGCCAAGACAUAGACGAAUGUACUGAGAACAAAUCCGGUUGUGAACAGAAUUGUAGUAACACUAUAGGUAGCUAUAUUUGUUCUUGCGACACAGGAUUUAAACUGUCCGCGGACGGAAUAUCUUGUGAGGCAUGUGACAUGUGGUCAUAUGGCUUUAGCUGUGCAUCAAACUGCACUUGUUUACCCGAAAACACUGACAAAUGUGAUGCGACAUCAGGCCUGUGUUUAUGCAAAACUGGUUGGAAUGGAACAAAAUGUGAAAGUGAUAUUAACGAAUGUGAAACUGAAACUGUGUGUCCUGAUAACUCAAUUUGUAAAAAUUCCAACGGAAGUUUUGAAUGCAUCUGCAAAGACGGCUUCAAUGUAACAGAUUUAGGAGAGUGUAAAGACAUUGACGAAUGCAUCGAGAACACUGACGCUUGCUCCCAAAAUUGUACAAAUACAAUUGGAAGCUUUGAAUGUAGCUGCGAAGUUGGUUACUUCUUAGAAGACGAUAAUGUGACAUGCCAAGACAUUGACGAAUGCAUUGAGAACACUGACGCUUGCUCCCAAAAUUGUACAAACACAAUUGGAAGCUUUGAAUGUAGCUGCGAAAUUGGUUACUUCUUAGCAAACGAUAAUGUGACAUGCCAAGACAUCGACGAAUGCGUUGAGAGAGAUGACACUUGCUCCCAAUAUUGUACAAAUACAAAUGGAAGCUUUGCUUGUACCUGUGCUGUUGGAUACUACCUUCAAGACGAUAAUAUUACAUGCCAAGAAUGCAAGGAGUGGACAUUUGGUGACAAUUGCCAGUUUAGUUGCAGCUGCAACAAAACAAACACAGACACUUGUAAUUCAUCGACAGGGCAGUGUGAAUGUUUAAACGGCUGGAAUGGAACAGCCUGCGCAGAUGACACCAAUGAAUGUGAAAAUACAACAGUUUGUCCACAAAAUUCAACGUGUUAUAACUCCGACGGAAGCUAUGAAUGUGUAUGCUAUAAUGGCUUCCGACUGAUGGAUGCAAGGAACUGUGAAGUGUGUCCGAAAGGAACCUUUGGGCGCAAUUGCAGUGAAGAAUGUAAGUGCAAGCAACACAAUACAGAAUCAUGCAACCAUGUAGAAGGGAACUGCAUAUGCAAAAAGGGUUGGAAGGGUAUCAGCUGCUCCGAAGAUAUAGACGAAUGCGAAGAAAACUCUACUUUGUGCCAGAGCAAGGCCAAUUCAAUAUGUGAGAACACAAAUGGAUCGUACAGCUGCCGCUGCAAGGAAGGAUUACGUGAACAAGGCAAUAUAUGCACGGAUAUUGACGAGUGCACUGAAUCACCAUGUACCCAAAAUUGUACAAACACAGUCGGAAGUUUUGUUUGUUCCUGCUUCGAUGGCUAUCAGUUGCAAGAAGACAACGUUACCUGUGAUGAAUGCACUGACGAUACAUAUGGCGUGAAUUGUACGGAUCGUUGCAACUGCAAUGUCAAACACUCAGCAAAUGAGAUCCAAACAUGUGACACUGUGACAGGAACAUGUAACUGUAAAUCAAACUGGAAAGGUGACACGUGUGAUGAAGAUGUUAACGAAUGUGAUGACGAUGACACACUGUGUAAUGAUGACGAGCACACAACAUGUGUUAAUACAGAAGGGUGGUAUGAAUGUGAAUGCAAAAGAGGAUUUGUUAAAACCAACGAAGACAAGUGUGUAGCAGAUAUAUCUACAACGACAAUAAAGCCUGAUUCAGCGAUUCUAAUCGAGGCAGUUGUUGUAAUCGAAAUGGAUCUUCCAGCAGAAACUAAUCUCAAUGCCGCUAGCGUAUACAUCGAUGUUGAAUUCAAACUAAUAGCAACACUGAGUGCAUUUUUUAGAAGAUUUACGAACGCUUUGGUAGAAAUUAUCAUUACUGACAUAAGGUAAAUAUGGUAUUCAAAUCCUUGAUAAUGUCACCGACGUGACUCAUUAAAAUUCGAGAUUCAUUGAAAUUCUCGAUUGGUAUAAAGAAAGUGUAUUAACAU